UGCUCGUUGCGAAGAGUAGAUUGUGUUUAGCCAAGUGUAGUUUUAUUUUAAUUGAACUCAAUCAAAAUGAGCUGGCAAGAUUAUGUUGAUAAACAGUUAAUGGCAUCCAGAUGUGUUACAAAGGCUGCGAUUGCCGGUCACGACGGAAAUGUCUGGGCCAAGUCGGAAGGUUUCGAAAUAUCAAAAGAUGAAGUUGCGAAAAUAGUGGCGGGUUUCGAGAAUGAAUCACUCCUGACGAGCGGAGGCGUGACGAUAGCGGGCGCGCGAUACAUCUACCUCAGUGGCACAGACCGCAUCAUACGCGCAAAACUCGGCAAGGUCGGCGUACACUGCAUGAAAACACAGCAAGCCGUCGUAAUUUCACUGUAUGAAGAGCCCAUCCAACCCCAACAAGCCGCGUCUGUAGUGGAGAAGUUAGGAGACUAUUUAAUUACCUGUGGUUAUUAAAGAUCGAAGCGCCCAGUGAUCUAAGGAUACUUUAUAAGAUAAUAUUUUUUCCACAGGGAAAUAAGUAAACUGCAUUUUGUAUAUUCUAUGAAGUGAUAAGGACCGUUCAUUUCUUUUGAUAUUUGAUAAAUUAUGGCGUCAUCAGUGUCUGAUGCGUUUAGUAACUGUAUGCAGGUACAAUUACUUUGCGGAUUCUGGACCCUUUUUAUACGCUCACCGCUUCCACGGAGUAAUUGUUACUGUACAAUGGUUUAAAUUUGUAUUUUAAAAUUUGCUUUUAUUGACCAGUAUAAGUAAAGCAUUAUUUAGCUUUGCAAGCAGGUCUCAAAGCAUGAUGUAUAGAGAUUUUUUUAAGUUUCUCUUCGAGCAUCCUGGCUCUUGUUAAAUCGGUUUCAUGUAUUUAGCUAUAUUUAACUAUAAUACUGUUAUAUCAUAGUACCUAGUGUAAACAGUUUCAACACCCUUCCUCUACUCUCAGCUAUAAGAUUUAACAGGCAAGCAGGUGCUUGAUGAGAAAUUAUAAUAAUCACGUAAUGAAAUUACUGUAACGAUAUACAUACAACAUAUAUAAUAUAAUUACAAAUAAGCAUUUGUGUAAGGGCUUGUUACAAAUUGAAAGACACUGUAACCCAAGUAAAGUAUUACAAUUUUAAUUUAUAAUCUCUAGUCCCACUG